AUGAAAUCAUAGAUUGAAGUUUUAAUUCAUUUUAAGAAAUUCACAAACAUUGAUCUUUUUACUCAAGGAAUCUAUUAAUUAAGAGUCCAUAUAGUAAUAAUUCUUUUAAUUCUAAAUAGCCUGAAGCCUAACCUUAUUUGAUAUUUAAGACAAUAAGACAUGAUCCAUAUACAACAAAUGAAGUUGAUUAAAAUUUUGUUUUUUAUGAAGAAAAUAUAGAGGACAAAUAUUUCUAUUCGUAAGGAUUUUUGAUAAGAUAUGAGGAUGAAGAAAUGCCUACUAAUAUUGGAUGCGUAUUUCGAUAAUAAGAAACUCAAAAUAUUGAAAUCGUCAUUGAAUUGUUAUUUCUUGAUAAAAAACUUUUAGGAAAUAUUUUUGUGGAUAAUUUUUAGGAAAUUGCUUUGUCAAUUAGAUAAUAAAUGUAAAUAGUAUCAAAAGCCACUUUAACAGUUUCUAAUCCAUUCACUUAUAAUUAAACAUAUUAUCCUAUAGAAUUUGAUUCAGCCCACUUUUGUUUAGUUGAAACCUAGAUACAUACAAUUCCAUUUCAAUUUUCAAUUUCAAAAUAGUAAUUAGCAGCAGAAAUUCAAACAGAAGAUUAAUUAUCUGAGCUUUUAAAUUAGUCAAUAUAUUUGUUGUUAGAUAAUAGAAAAUUAUUAAUGAAAUAACUAUCUAAUCUAUAGAAUGAAAAGAAAUUCACAUAGUUAUAAUAUUAGGAAAAAUAAUUUGAUUUAAAAGACAAAGAUAUAGAAAAUUUAAUUUUACAAGUAUAUUCUUAUCCAUCAAUAGAGUUUACAUGAUCUUCAUAAGGAUAUGUAUAUAUUAUGGUGUGAACUACUGAAUGCAAUCAAGGAAAACCAUCAAAAAUUAUAAAAUUAAUUAGAAUAAGAAUUUUUAUGUCAAAUGAUGUAAAUAUGGUAAAAUUGUGUUCUUUUAAAUAAAUCUGAAGUUAAAUAAUUAGAUUAGGUUCAAUUAAAUGGAAGAAAUAAUCAUGAAUAAGCAAAAUGGUACAGAAAUCAAAUUAUUUCUUAAGAAAUUAAUUAAAUUAAAUAUAUAGAAUUACUAUAGCCGUUAAACUCAAAUCCAUUUAUAUUCAAACAUACUUGUGUUUAAAAAGGAUUUAUUCAGAAACCUCAAAGUUCCUUUAUUCAUUAUGUUGUUUUAGUUCAUGGAUAUUAAGGUACUUCAUAUGAUAUGAGAUAUUGGAAAUCUAUAUUAACAAUUCGUUUCAAGGAUAAAAUUAGAUUGAUUUGUCCAACAUGUAAUGAUGGCACAUCAAAUAAACCAAUUUAGGAAUAAGCAAAAUUACUUGCUAUAGAAGUUUCUAAUUUUAUUAGUGAUGAAAAUGUAACUGAAUUUCGAUUGUCAUUUAUUGGACAUUCACUUGGAGGACUUAUCAUAAGAGCAGCACUUCCUGAAUUGAUUGAAUAUAAAGAAUUUAUGCAUACUUAUGUGAGUCUUGGAUCACCUCAUUGUGGAUAUGCUUCAUCUGAAAGUGUUUUAGUUGAUACUGGAUUAAUGAUGAUUUAAAAAUGGAAUAAAUGCAAGACACUUGAAGAAUUAAGUUAAAAAGAUCAUAAAAAUAUUAAAAAUACUUAUAUAUAUACUUUGAGUAAAGCAGAAGGAUUAAAUUGGUUCAAUAAUGUAGUUUUAAUGUCUUCAUUUUAAGAUCAUUAUGUACCUUUCCAUUCUGCCUUGAUAUAGAAAAUUGAGAAUUAAAAUGAUUAAAGAGUUUAGGCAUAUAAUGAAAUAGUUUCAAAUAUUUUAUCAAAAUGUGGUAAAAUAGAUAGAUUUGACAUUAAUUUUUUAAUAACUAAAAAGUAAUAGUUAUUGUUAUUAUUAUUAUUAUAGAAAAUUGGAUAAAUUUAUAGGGAGAGCAGCCCAUAUUGAAUUUAUUGAUAACUUAACAUUGGUAAAGAUGUUUAUUUAUUUGUAUGAUGAAUAUUUUCAUUGA